CUCAGAAGUUGCAGAUGCAUUUAGGAGUAUAUAUGAAAAUCCUAAUAAUCCUCUUACAUAUCCUCGAUUGUUGCAAUGUGAUGAAGAUCGUUCAUUUAUGGGUAAUGUUACUUUAUUAAUGAAUAAGCAUGGAGUUAGGAUUAGAAGAAUCAAAGCUCGCUUCAGACAUACUAGCUUAGCAAUUGUCGACCGUUAUGCUGGACUUUUCACUUUGAGAGUUUUUAAGAAUCAGUAUGCGAUAGAAUUUCUCUUACCUAGUGGUAAAGUGUGA